GUCCUAGCAGUCAUCAACAGUACUGUUCGUGAAGGUGGCAGGCCAAGGCUUCUGGCGUGCAUUUCCUCGUGUGUUCCAGAGCUAGGAAAGGUAUGGCUUCUUGACAAAGUCUGCUCUGUCACAAUUCCUCGCUUUCUGCAGCUUGGGUAGAGAUCAUCUCUGACUCUGAGAUGGCUCAGAACAGUGGAAGCAGCUUUUUAAGACAAGGUGAACUAGCCCAGAGGAACGCACUCUUUCGAAAGCCCACCCAGUCAGUGAAUUUCGAGGAAUCCGGGGCGUGUCCAUUCCUGAUACCUAUAUGCCCUGGGGACUUCACUCUUUGGAACCAGUCAAGAGAGGUUGCUUGCGCUCAAAGAGCUGGCAGAUGCGCUUCCGGACCCUUUGCAGUUGCUAGGCCGUGUUGACAAUGCGAUCGGGGCGGCAAUCUUUAUGCUGGAGAAUGGGUUUCUGCCGGUGGUCGUUUCCGGGUUAGAAACGGCUGCCAGGGGGGACUGGGUGGAGGUGCUGGAGGCACGCACGACCGGGCGCGCAGACGAGCCAAUAAACAAGGUGGUUUUGUACACAUGCCUUCUCAAGAGACUGGUCCACGACACGAGGACGAUAAAGUUCAUUCUGCACCAUGCGCCGGGCCUGCUCGAAACCCUGUCAAAGGUGUACCGGAUGGAGAGCGUUCGCUUUCCGGACGGCAUGGGGGGUCUUCCUGAGAUGGUGGUCUACGAUUCUGGGAUGAAGAUUCUGGGGGUGCUAACCCUCAUUUUGGUCUGGUCGGAGCAAGCACGGCGGAAGAUUGCGAGGCUCGAUGGGUUUCUCAGCCGUCUCUUACGACGGAUCCUGGACAGUCUUGGAGAUCCCAACCGCGAGGAUUAUGUGAUCAGGGCCUUCGCUGUGUUCCAGCAUGUUCCUCCGCUUGCCCCGACUAGCACGUUCGAAAAGAUCGCUGCGGACUGCCUUAAAGUUCUGACCAGAGUGUUGAGCAGGAGUUCGUCACGGUACGAGAUUGAGUAUGCGAUAAAGUUCAUGGGUAGAAUAGCUGCCGCCCACUUCGUAACCUACCGCUCACAAUUUUGUGGUGAGCCGCUGCUAGUUGAUUCUGCCAAGGCCCUGGUUGUCUGCGCCAAUGCUGCCACCUUUGCUCGUCACCUAGGCCGCGCAGUUGUCUGGACGAACUUACAAGCCAAGGGAGGGGUGGUGAUAGAACUAGAGGAGUAUGAUCGUGUCUUGAAACGUGCAAUGGCAGAUCCUUAA